AUGGAGCUGGCGGCGGCGGGAGCGGAGGAGGCGGCGGAGCGGCGGACGGGAGCGGCGGAGCGGCGGGAGCUGUCGCCGCACUCCCAGCAGCAGAUGCAGGAGCGCACCCCGCCGCCCCCCGCCGAGCCCCCCCCGUCCCCGCAGCCGCUCCCGCGCCGCUCCCCGCAGCUCCGCGUGCUGCUGACGCCGCUCCCCGCGCCGGGCCGGCGGCUGCCCCAGAAGCGGCUGCUGGGCGCCUACGGGGGAGAGGGGGCGGGGGCGGCCGGGAAGCGGCGGCGCGCGGAGCCUUCCUGCAGCCCGGAGCCCGCGGGCAGCGCCUCGGAUGGCGACGCCGACAGCGACGGGACGGAGGCGGAGCAGGACGGGAGCCCGCAGCUGUCGGCGUACGAGAGGAAGCGGCUGAAGAACAUCACCGAGAACGCCAAGUUCUUCGCGGCUUUGAAGCUGCACGAGUCAGCCGCAAGACUCCACGAAAUCGCAGCCAAAGGCCCAACCCAUGUCACCAAGAGAGCGAGGCCCAGGAAGGCCGAGGGUGGCACGGUGCAGCGCAGGUCCAUGCGCCUCCAGAGGAUGCAGCGCCCGGAGCUCCCGCAGGCAGAGGCACCGGAGCAGGAGGAGGAAUAUCCCCAGGUCCCCGCUGGCCCGCUGCCCAUGGCCGCAGAGGGGCAGGAGGAGAGCAGCGAAGCGUUGCUGGGCACCUGGCUGCGGCUGAGCGAGGCGAAGGAUAACGACACCGAGAAGCGCACAUGGGACAUGAAGAGGUACCAGGCUGCCCUGGGCAGCAUGCUGCUGCGCGAGGACCACGUCAGGAAGGUGGUGAAGAGCCGCGUGUGCUCCGUGGCCAUCCACCCCUCGGAGAGCACCGUGCUGGUGGCGGCCGGCGACAAGUACGGGCACAUCGGGCUCUGGGACGUGAGCCGUACGGCCCAGGGAGGAGCACACAUCUUCACCCCGCACAACUUAACCGUGAACUGCAUGCACUUCUCACCCUCCCACCCCGCGCAGCUGCUGUCGCUGAGCCACGACUCGCUGCGCUGCGGCGAUGUCAGCAGGGCCGUGUUCGAUGAGAUAUGCAGAAGCGAGGACAACCUCUCCUCCUUCGAUUUCCUGGAGGACAGCGCCUGCACGGCCCUCGUGGGCUUCUGGGACGGCUCAGUGGCCGUUGUGGACAGGCGGACCCCGGGGACGUCGCCGGAGCUCUCUGCGGACAUCGGCUUCAAGAUGACGAGGACGGUGGCCGUGCACCCCGUGGACAAGCAGUACUUCCUUGCUGCCGGCUCCGUCGAUGUCCGUGUCUACGACGUCCGAUGGCUGAGGCGCAGCGGGAGCAAAGCGGUGAGCACCCUGCACGGGCACACCAAGAGCGUGGCCUCCGCCUACUUCUCACCCAACACCGGGCGCCGCGUGGUCACGGUGUGUGCGGACGACAAGCUGAGGGUCUAUGACACCAGCUCCUUGUCGGCCGCUGCUGCCCUGCUCAGCACAGUCAGGCACAACAACAACACGGGGCGCUGGCUGACGCGCUUCCGCGCGGUGUGGGACCCCAAGCAGGAGCAGUGCUUCGUGGUGGGCAGCAUGGCACGGCCCAGGCAGAUCGAGGUGUUCCAGGACACGGGCGCUCUGCUGCACGCCUUCAGCGCCGAGAGCCUGGGCUCGGUGUGCUCCAUCAAUGCCUUCCACCCAACCAGGAACGUCCUCGUGGGCGGAAACUCCAGCGGGCGCCUGCACAUCUUCAUGGAGUAGGGAAGGGGCAUCGGGGUGUGGGGUGGGGGUGGGCCCGUGCAGGGCUGUGGGUGUUGCUGACUGUAGCUGUGCCCUCUGGGGCCCAGUGCGUAUCUUUACGUGCUUUAAAAUAAAGGGUUUACACUUAGG